UACCUUGAUGGCAUAGGCUCCUUCAUGUACCCGGGUUUGUGGGCCUUGGGGACCCUUCAUAGCACGGCGACCUUGUCCAUACAGAGGGUAACCACGGUUUGUAUGAGCUCCGGCUCAUGCACCGUCUCAAUAUUUUCCAGUCCUGCCACGGCCACUCUGGCUGGGCAGGCCAUUUUUUUUCGACUUUUCUAGGUGCUAACCCUAACCCUACCACUAUUACAUAUUUAGUAAUCCAUAGAUUUUGUAACUAUCUAAGACUUGAAUCAUGACCUCAUUCAAUCCCGAGUCCCAGACAUUGAGCUCACAUGCACCAGAUUCACCGCGCUCUUCCCAAUCACCCCCGCCUUCUGGUCCACAGGGUGAUUUGGAAUUAGAACUUCUUGGGCUCGCCAAUGCUUUAUACAAUCUAGGAACUACUGUAAUCAACGACUCCACUAAAGACCGCGACAGACCAGGUGGUGCGAAGCUGGUAGGCCUUGGCGCAAAUGAGGUCGUCAAUCACCUUACGUCCAUCGAUAACAGGGCACAAGAUAUUCGCACCAUGAUACCUUUUCAAGUCUUGUCUGAUAUCGACAACGCACGCAAUCCCAUGCAAUUGACAAAAGAACGUUUAGAAAGAGCAGCCACCGAGAACCAAUUCAUGAACGGCAAGAUAGCAGCCAUUGACUCCUAUCGCAAACUUCUGAACGAGGCGUUGGUGUCGAACUUUCCAGAAACCGUCCAAUAUCUCCAUCCUAGUCAGGAUGACAUUAAGAUGGAGUUAUAGGCCGAGCUCUGCUGCUCGAUGCCACUUACGUAAGGAGGGGGACUAAUCUCUCGUAGACUAGGUUGAAGUCGGGGAACGUUCCUUGCUAUA